AUGGGUGAUGCUGCCAAAAAUCUAGUUAAUAUGAACCCUUAUAAUACUGUAUAUAACGUUAAACGUCUUAUUGGCCGCAAGUUUAGUGACCAGGAAGUUCAAUCUGAUAUGAAGGCCAUAUACAGUAUUCAAGUAGAAUACAAAUACGAAAAGAAGGAUUUAACACCCGAAGAAAUUUCUUCCAUGAUCUUGGUAAAGAUGAAGGAAACUGCAGAAGCUUAUCUUGGUACACAAGUUAGAAAUGCCGUAAUUACAACAUCAGCUUGCUUUAAUGUCUCUCAACGCCAAGCUAUAAUAGAUGCCGGUAUGAUCGCCGGUUUAAAUGUACUUCGUAUAAUGAAUGAAACAACUGCGGCAGCUAUUGCUUAUGGCUUGGAUAAGAAAGCUCGUGGAGAACGAAACGUUCUUAUCUAUGAUUUAGGUGGUGGCUCUUUUGAAGUAUUCCUUCUAAAUAUCGAUGAAGAAAUUUUUGAAAUAAAAGCCAAAGAUCUUUCAACGAAUGCUCGUGCUUGUCGUCGAUUAAGGACAGCCUGUGAACGUGCAAAGCGUAAACUUUCAUCAUCAUUAAAUGCUUACUUAGAGUUAGAUUCCCUUUUCGAUGGUAUCGAUUUCUAUACUUCCUUAACACGUACCAGGUUUGAAGAAUUGAAUCAAGACUUAUUUCGAGCUACAAUAGAACCUAUUGAAAAAUCCUGGUCGGUGGUUCAACACGUAUUCCCAAGAUUCAAAAGAUGGUAUCUGAGUACUUCGAUGGUAAAAAUACCAAACAUAUCCGUAAAUCCUGAUGAAGCCGCGGCCUAUGGUGCCGCUAUUUGGGCUGCUAUUUUAUCUGGUGAUACUUCUGAAAUAACUCAAGAUGUACUUUAUCUCGAUAUCACUCCUUUAUCUCUUGGUAUUGAAACUGACGGCGGAGCCAUGACACCGAUUAUUAAGCGUAAUAGUACAGUACCUACUAAGAAACACGAUAUUAUUUCAACAAGUUCUGAUAAUCAACAUGGAUUAAUGAUUCAAGUUUAUGAAGGUGAACGUUUCCAUACUAAAGAUAACACCUUGCUUGGAAAAUUCGAAUUAACUGGAAUUCAGCCAGCACCAAAAGGUGUUCCACAGAUCGAAGUAUUUGCCAUUGAUAAAUCUACUGGACGAUCGAAUAAGUUAAUCACAAAUGGUAAAGGUGGAUUGUCAAAGGAAGAAAUCGAACUUGCCGAAAGCGAGAAAUAUCGUGAAGAUGAUGAGAAAGGUGAACAAAGAAUACUUGCACGAAAUGAAUUAGAAAGUUAUGCAUUUAAAUUACGUAACACAAUUGAUGACGAAAACUUUCCUAUUAAUAAACUUAAAGUUGCAAUUCAGAAAUCUAUUAUAUGGCUUGAAAAAACCAAGAGGCGAGUAAGGAUCACUCGAAAAAAUAGCCAACCCAAUAAUGAGGCUUCUUUACGGUUUCAGUCCAGAUGGCUUCCCAGAUGA